AAAUGCACCACAAGAAGAAGAAGUAGAGUCAGGAAGUUGUGUUCAGCUGCACUUGACAGCGAGAAACACGAAGCUAGGCGUUUGAUUAGAAGCUCAUUUGCCACAGUAGUCAGUGAAGAAGGAAGAAUAUUUUAUUAAGAAACCUUCGUCUGAUUCAACUGUUAUAGCUCUUCGGGGGCGUAAAAUGGAGGGUCCCCUGCCCCUGUCCUUACUGAGGCUCCUGGUUCCUCCUCUGCGGGUGAUGUCAGCUGCGAUGUGGAAGGUGGUUUGCCUGAGGAACACAGAGCAUUAUGGGAAAGUGGAGGAGUUUGUGUCCUUGGUCACUGAAGCCAUCCCUGACAUCCUUACAGACAGACAGACGAGACUGCUCACCUUGGGUUUAAGAGCAAAGAUGAUGCUGCAGAUGUUAAGUUCUGACCAGUCAGAGGAUCUCAGAGGAGUUAAAACAUACUUGAACAACUUCCAGCCAUUUAGCUCAAAACAGGUUCAUCCAGGAAAUGAAACUCUUGAAGCCAGCUUUGUCCGGUUCAUUCAAAGACUCCUGGAGGACCCAAAAGAGAGAGAGCACUUCAUUGAGAAUGUGCUUCCUGUGGAGUAUGGCCCUGACUUUGAUACAGCUCUGGAGACUGUAAUUUGUGAGUUCUUCACCCGACUGGAAGAAUUGCUGCUUAUACCAGACUUUAAACAGACUGCGGUGUGGAUCAGUGAUGCACCAUCCGUGCUAGAAGAAUACAUGAAGCCAGAAUCAAAAGCAGAUGAACUUAAAGUACUGCUCAGAAGCAAAGCCCACUGUGAUGAAAUGGCCAAGAUGGAUACCAGUGUGCACUCUCCCUCAGAGCAGCGCCUCUUCUCAUCAUUAUCCAUCACUCCUUCACUGCGAGAGAUCAACGCCAAAGAUGUGGAGCCUAAUGCACAAACAUUUGAAAACCAAGCAGAACCCGAGGAGAUUUUUCCUCAUGAGGCAGAAGACAUAGAGAUACAGGAUGCACAAUGGCCAUCUGAAGAGGAAACAAACAUUCUGGACAGCAGCACCACAGAACAAACAGCAGGUGGCAAUGGCAGUAACAGCAUCCCUGAUGUUCACAUUAUGGAGGAUCACCAAGCUUCAGCCACCUGCCGAGCUCCCUCACCUUGUACUCAGAAUCCUGUGUUGUCCAGCUCGAUAAAUUGUCCUCCACGGCAGAGAGUUGCACACAAAUGCACGCAUUGUGGAAAGUGCUUCAUUUACCGCUAUGAACUCCUGGAGCAUCAGAGAUUGCACACUGGAGAAAACCCUUAUAAGUGCUCUCAGUGUGGAAAGACCUUUAGGAGGAGCUCUGACAUGUCAACUCACAGGCGUACACAGUGCACGAAAGCAGCCUACAUUUGUAUCAAAUGUGGGAAUAGCUUCCAGUCUAUACAGGACAGACUUAGACACAGGUGUCUUCGAAGUGUCCAAAAAUUUGCGUGCUCCCAGUGCGGAAAAAGCUUUAAAAAUAUGCACGUGCUGGGUAAGCAUGAGCUGACCCACACCCAGAAUCGCAUCUUAAAGUGCAGAAUAUGUGGGGAAAUGUACCCUAGCAUGAGCGAGCUCAGAUCCCACCAGAAGAUCCAUCCUCUUGAGCUGGCUAAUCAGUGCAUGCAGUGCGGGAAGUUUUUCAGCUCUGCUGCCAGUUUGACAUCCCAUGAGCUGCGUCACAGGCAACCAAAAACACAGAUUUGUGUGCAUUGUGGCAAAGCUUUCAAGAACAAACAUGAUCUGAAGCUUCACAUGCGCAGUCACACAGGCGAGAGGCCAUUUCAGUGCACAUACUGUGGGAAACGUUUCUCUGUGUCAGGAAACCUGAACAUACACAUAAGGAUCCACACCGGAGAGAAACCAUAUCUGUGCUCCGACUGUGGCAAAGGUUUUGUUUCUGCCGGAGAGCUGCAGAUUCACAGACGUACCCACACAGGGGAAAGGCCAUACAAGUGCACUCUGUGUGACCGAGGAUUCACAAUGGCGAGCAAACUGACACUUCACAUGCGCGUUCACACCGGGGAGCGACCUUAUGUCUGCUCUGAAUGUGGGAAGGGUUUUUCCCGUGGCAGCGAACUGAAGAAACAUACCAUGAACCAUACAGGGGUUCGACCCUUCGCUUGUCAGUUGUGUGCAAAGACUUACACAUGUCACAAUCACCUCAAGAGACACAUGAAAACUCACAGUAUAGCUCAAAGCCAGUCUGUCUAAAUCCAUUGGCUACCAUAUGAUUGUAGUUUUGGUUUCAUGAAAUGUUUAACAAAUUUCUCACUCAUCCUUUCUUGUGAGGACUAUGUUGAAAACAUAUUUGGUUUUACGGACCGAUUCCUCAUCUUGUGUUAAGGGUGCUGUUCUGAUUUUAUUCACUAAAAUUCUCUGAAUACAGCUUUCGGGACUGUCACUUAAGUGUAAUACUUUUGUUCUCUGAAGUCAUAAAACACAUGUUAAAAGGGUUUCUAAGGAAACAACAAGCAUACAAUAAAUCCCAAGUAGGGCAUGGAAGCAGCCUAUUCAUUUGUUCCCGACACCAGCAGACCAUGUACUUGAAGCCAUCAUUAAACAUUACACAACCGGAAAAAAAUGAAUAAAGCUCUUGUAAUCCUGG